AUGGACCCAAACGAGCUGGCAGCCAUGGCAACUCCUGCGAGCACAUCGGACGCCGAGUCCACCUUCAAGCGCAAGCUGUCCGUCGAGUCCGACGAGAUGGGCGCCAUCCAGCAGAGGAAAACAAGAAAGAGAAUCCCCAGCGAGCAAUGGGAGGCCAAGCGCCCCAUCAUCACCAAACUAUACCAGGUCGAAAAGCGGUCACUCAAGGAAGUAAUGGAGAUCCUGGAGCGCGAUUAUGGCUUCGAGGCAACUGUAAAAAUGUACAAGUCCCGUAUCUGGAAAUGGGGCCUGGAUAAGAAGCUCAAGAGCGAUGAGGUCUUGGCCAUCCUUCUCCUCAAGCACGAGCGGGAUGCGCAGCGCAAGCCCUCGCAGUUCACCAUCCGAGGUCAGGCUGUUGAUCUCGAUAACAUUAACCGUUAUGUGAAGCGCAACCCUCUCCUCCUCACACGUCUACGGGCGGGCCACCAGCCCAGUGUCCAGACCUCGAAUGAGGUCAGCUGCUUCACACCUCCUCCAAGCCCCACCCGAUCACUGCCACCGCCCGGCGAGUUCCAUCGCAUGGAUGAGUUGAUGCGGCUUUUCCGUGACUAUGUCGACGGCUCACUUGCAAGUUUUGCCUGGAGCUGGCAGUAUGACGUCUCAUGUACCGGGCGCCUUCCUGGAGACCGCAGUGCCGACCUAUUUGAUCGCGUCAUGGCCAGCUUCGCCCUGGUGAACCGAUGCCUGAAGAAGGGAGACAACAUUUCAGUCAACAGUUUGCUAAGCCCGGCAUUCGAGUCCCUCAAGGAGAUUGUGGCUGCCGAGAGCCCCAUCUUCAUUGUCAGAACCGUCUGUCUCCUUUGGUACCUGGAGCAGCACCACAAGAAUGACCUGCUGAAACUGGUCCUGGACUACCUGGGCAAACUCAUCCCCAUCAUGCUCGGGCAGUAUCACAUGCUUGCUCGGAUCUGGCAGAUUCUAGGGUCGACCCACUUUGCAGACUACAACGAUCUAUCCAUGAGACUAUACGCCUUGCUGGUUCCCAUGAUGGAGCACCGCAUCGGCCCUGCCAAUGAACUCACAACGAUCCUCUACGGUGACCACAUUGACUGUGUUUUCCAGCGGAAGCAAUCUUCCGGCGAAGUUCUAGAGUUGGCAACCAGAUACCGAGACAAGGUCGAUUCUACUGGCCAACGCCACUACUGGCUCCUCGACCUUGUCAUCACGCAGACGGCCGUGCUCUGUGCCAAGAAGGAGAGCGAGGGCGAUAUCGGUGGGGCCAUGAACCAUCUUCAGACUCUCAAAUACUACCCUCUUAGCGACGAGCAGGAGGCCAUGGUUGAUAUCCAGAUGGGCAACUACAGCUUCCGUCUGGCGGACAACAAGAGCGCCAUUGCCGCGUACCGACGAGCAGCCCGCCUGGCCAUGAAGCCAGGCGGCGACGAGCGACUCCUGACCACGUGCCUGACCAACCUGGAAACAGCACUCGCCAAGGACGGCUGGAGCUACGAUGCGGCCCGCGUGCGCGACCUGCGACUACGACGCAUCGAGUGGUUCGCCGCCGACACCACCGAGUUCGCGGCCAAGCCAGCCCUCUACGACCAGGCCGCCGCGUCCUUCCCGGCCAUGACCUCUUUCAGCGAGGGCCUGGGCCAGCCUGGAAACUCGCGGCCAGGCGAUGACUCAUGGGUCUGGCAGGAGACCUUGGGCUGCGGGGAUGUGGCGAAGGACAUCGUUGCCAGCAACCCCGUGGACCCCGGCGUGCGAGACCUGGGAUAUCCAGUCGUCUCUGCUCCCUGGACCGAAGGUCCCACCGCAUGCCACCCGGCCAUGGUGGUCCCCUCCAACACGGUGACAACUGUUCACUACCCGAGCCUGAGCCCCCCGGCGACGACUCCUUGGGUGACGAGCGUCUAUCGAUGA